CAAACCAGCAGCAGGCACCGGUGCUCCAAGGCAAGUAACUUUACUUAACAGCCAAGGGAAGCCCUGGCCCACCCACUCUAGCUGUCCUCUGAGGAGUAAACAUCUACCUCCCGAUGUGGCUGCUUGCAGAAUGGGGCUGAGCUGGAGAUUGUGGUGACGCUCACCUCCGCAGGCAUGGGCAUGAGAAGGUCCUCCAAGUCCAAGCCGGCCGUGAAGUGGAGGAAAGGAGAGCUGGUUGGGCUGGGGUUGGGCAUCCCCCGCUCCUCUGAUGCUACAGAUGCAUACCAAACUGGAGUCAGAAUGAGGACUGGAAUGAGGGCCGGGGACAAGGGCGUCCUGUGGAGUGCAUCAUCAGGACCGGAGCUGAGUCAGUAGCCUCUGCUGAGAGAGGGUGGAGGCACCAGCUUGGGUCCUCCCAGUCCUCGGGGAGAGCCGUCGAGAAACAGGAGAAACAGACUGGGAGCAGGCAAGAGCACCAAGGCCCAAGAGGUUAAGAAUCCUGCUCCUUCCGCUGUGACCCUGCCCGGCCCGGCUCUGUGGCCCUGGAAUCCUGCGCACUCCUACAGCCCAUGAGGCUCCCAGUCCCCACUGAGUGCCGCCCUGAAGGAUGUCCCAGCUCUCCUCCACCCUGAAGCGCUACACAGAAUCGGCCCGCUACACAGAUGCCCCUUAUGCCAAAUCAGGCUAUGGCACCUACACUCCCUCUUCCUAUGGGGCCAACCUGGCUGCCUCCUUCCUGGAGAAGGAGAAGCUUGGUUUCAAGCCAGGCCCCCCAACCAGCCUCCUCACUCGUCCCCGUACCUACGGCCCCUCCUCCAUCCUGGACUAUGACCGGAGCCGCCCCCUGCUGAGACCUGACAUCAUCGGGGGUGGUAAGCGGCCGGAGAGCCAGACCUGGGGUACUGAGCGGCCUUCAGGGAGUGGACUCAGUGGGGGCAGUGGAUUCCCUUAUGGAGUGACCAACAACUCCCUCAGCUACCUGCCUGUGAAUGCCCACAACCAGGGGGUAACCCUGACCCAGAAGAAGUCGAACAGUCAAUCAGACCUGGCCCGGGAUUUCUCCAGCCUCCGGACCUCAGAUAGCUACCGGAUAGACCCUGGGAACCUGGGCCGCAGCCCCAUGCUGGCCCGCACACGAAAGGAGCUGUGUGCCCUGCAGGGGCUCUACCAGGCAGCCAGCCGCUCUGAGUACCUGUCCGACUACCUGGAGAAUUAUGGUCGCAAGGGCAGCGCUCCUCAAGUGCCCAGCCAGACUCCUCCCUCACGAGUCCCUGAAGUCCUCAGCCCCACCUACCGACCCAGUGGCCGUUACACUCUGUGGGAGAAGGGCAAGGGCCAGGGCCCCGGGUCCAGCCGCUCCAGCUCCCCAGGGCGAGACACCAUGGAAUCCUGCUUCAGGACCUGUGCCCUCGACGAUGGGCCGGCAGUGCUCUGGGAAAUGCUCAGCUACCCCCACAUACACUGUGAUUCUUACACUCUACUUUUCCCAGCAUGCCAGGCUCCCCUGCAGGCCCUGCCCCAUCCUGGACUGAACGCCCCCAGCCCACCAGUGCUCCCUGUGAAUUCUAAGAGCGCUCAAGGUCUGGCUGGUCUUCGAAACCUUGGGAACACGUGCUUCAUGAACUCAAUUCUGCAGUGCCUGAGCAACACCCGGGAGUUGAGAGAUUAUUGCCUCCAGAGACUCUAUAUGCGGGAUCUCAGCCACAGCAGCAAUGCACACACAGCCCUCAUGGAAGAGUUUGCAAAACUAAUCCAGACCAUAUGGACUUCAUCCCCCAACGAUGUGGUAAGCCCAUCUGAGUUCAAGACCCAGAUCCAGAGAUAUGCACCGCGCUUCGUUGGCUAUAAUCAGCAGGAUGCUCAGGAAUUUCUUCGCUUUCUUCUGGAUGGGCUCCACAACGAGGUGAAUCGAGUAACAGUGAGGCCUAAGUCCAACCCUGAGAACCUCGAUCAUCUUCCUGAUGAUGAGAAAGGGCGACAGAUGUGGAGGAAAUACCUAGAACGGGAAGACAGUCGGAUUGGGGAUCUCUUUGUCGGGCAACUAAAGAGCUCCCUGACGUGUACUGAUUGUGGCUACUGUUCUACAGUCUUUGACCCCUUCUGGGACCUCUCACUGCCCAUUGCUAAGCGAGGUUAUCCUGAGGUGACUUUAAUGGACUGCAUGAGGCUCUUCACCAAAGAGGAUGUGCUUGAUGGCGAUGAAAAGCCCACAUGCUGUCGCUGCCGAGCCAGAAAACGAUGUAUAAAGAAGUUCUCCAUCCAGAGGUUCCCAAAGAUCUUGGUGCUCCAUCUGAAGCGGUUCUCAGAAUCCAGGAUACGAACCAGCAAGCUCACAACAUUUGUGAAUUUCCCCCUAAGAGACCUGGACUUGAGAGAAUUUGCCUCAGAAAACACCAACCACGCUGUUUACAACCUGUAUGCUGUGUCCAAUCACUCCGGAACCACCAUGGGCGGCCAUUACACAGCCUACUGCCGGAGUCCAGUGACGGGCGAAUGGCACACUUUCAAUGACUCCAGCGUCACACCCAUGUCCUCCAGCCAAGUGCGCACCAGCGACGCCUAUUUGCUCUUCUACGAACUGGCCAGUCCACCCUCCCGCAUGUAGCAGCGAGGGGCUCCAUCCCUUUCUCCCUUCCCCGUGGUGGCCCCACACCCUAAGUUUUUUUUUAAAAAGAGAAAAAAAAAAAAACCUGACAAGAGAAAAAUAAAGUAAACUAAAGCUGCCGAGCAGGAGUUGCUGCAGCCUGGUCAGAGUCUGGAGUGGGGAGCCAGGAGCUCCUGAGCCACGCCUCGCAGGGAAGAUCGACAGGACACGGAGACCGCAGCCAGCACAGUGCCCCUCGGCUCCUCUUGUUUGCGUUUUUAAGCUUGUGGUUUUUUCCUGUGUGUAAUAAACAACAGCGGUCUGUGGGGAGAAGAUCCUCGUCCGCUCGCUGCCAGCUCCGGCCCCACUCCUCCCGGAAGACAGCGCCCUCUGGAGCCUGCUGGGAGGAUCACUGCCCGGAAGCCCCGGCGCCUGAGCCUGGCGCGCUGUCUUCACCUGGACCCGGCUCACUGGUCCAGAAGCAAGAAAAACACCCAUGAGCCAAGAGCCCUCUUAACGCUGCUAACUCCAGGGGGACAGACUAGGGGACAUCUUUGAAAAAAGCUGUUUUUGGUUUUUAAAAGCCCAACUUUUUUUUUUAACUACCAUCACUGAAGUUGUCAGACUGGAGAUGCUCUCCUUCACACCUCUUCACAGCUGGGACAUUGUGUUGGUCUUUUUUUUUUUUUCUAAUUCUUCAAAUACGACUUUUCUAAUGCUAGCCCCCAGUGGUGCUAGGUGGGUGUCAGCCAGGCCCUAAGCACAGCCACAGUAGACCUGGGAUCUAACAAGUUUUUGUUUGUUUCUUAAUGUUUUGGAUGGAAUCUAGUUGCCUCCAAGAAUUGUGCCUUAUAGCAUUUGGGGACCAGGGGGUAACUGCCCCUCCCUGAAAUGUCCCUCAGCCUCUUCCCUUUUCCCCAGGGCCGUGUUCAAGCCGGCUGGGGGAGGUAGGGGCCAUGCCCUUAGCCCCCAGCUUGUUUGCACUGCAGUGAGGGGAAGAGGAGAGGAGGUGAACGGAGAUUUCUUAUGAUAGAGUAUCAAGUUCUUCCUGCCCACUUCCUCCAACCCACCCCUGGUCUACUCCCAGCUGUUUGAAGGAUCCUCAUCCCUAGAGCUUCUCUCACCUUUAAUUUAUUCCCUCAACAUGCUUUUUCUCCCUGACCUUCCCCGUCCCCCACCUUCUCAGAGCCUCCUAGACAUAGGCCCUUUGGACCGAGUUUCUCAGGGAUGCCCAUGCUGCCCCUCAGCUCCUCUUGGCCUCGGUCUUCAGUCCUACCCUGGGAGCUGGAGCCUGGGUGUUUGGAGACAUCUUGCCUCCGCCAUAUGAUUCUUUCCCAUGGGCUUGAUUCUGCCCUAACCAGUUGGACAAAACUCUGUGCUGUCCCAGAGAGUAAAGCUAUUCACCAAGGCACCGGACUCUGUGCAUGGAGCUCUCUGCACCCACGCAGCUGGCCUGGCUUGUGCCCCUUGGAGCCUGGCGCUUUUCAGUGCUCCCAGGAGGAAGCAUCAGAGAAAGACACCCCAAGUUUAACUGGCCUGACACACUUCUCCAGGGAAGACCUGUGAACCUGAGCCAAAGGACAGGGGUACACUUGUUUACCGUGUAAGCAAGAGUAGAAGAAUGUCCAAUGUACAAUGGAACCGUGUACAGAAUAAAUAAUAGCCUUGAGAAACAA